UUCUUGCUGUGCGUGCGUGCUUUUUUUUCAGUGCUUCCCUUUAUGUGUGUCUUUUGAUAUGUGUGCCUUUCUUUUGUGAUUCUGGUUCAUGUUAUAAUGUCGUCAUUAUCACUAUCUUCAUCCGUUGGCAAACGUACUUUGGCAUCGCCCUUGUGCUUCUGUGACGUUGAAGCUAAUUUGAGAUACUCAAAUACUAAGGCAAAUCCUGGACGACCCUUCUUAGGGUGUCCAAAGUACAACAUGAAGGGAUUACCACACUGUAAUUAUUUCAAGUGGGCAGAUAGUGAGCAAAACAUAGAGGUAGAAGAAAGAAAAAAUGAAGUGUCAAGGAAAACUGAGGAAGAGCUCGAAAAGAGACUCAGCGAUAUCGAAAAUAAAGUAACUGAGCUCCUUAAGAUAGUGGAUGACAUCAAGAAGAUAGAGAUGGUGCUAUAUAGUAUAUAUGAGGAGGUCCGGAAAAAUGAGUUGGUGCUUCUUGAGAGAGAAGUUGCCCUAAGGCAUUCACGCACGUUAUCCCGGAUGUACUUUGGUGUUUUUGUAGUUAUUUUUUGCUAUUUAUACUUUUGGUAGUGGUUUAUAUUACAUCUUAUUCGGAAGUUGUAGGUUAAGUGUUAUUAGUUAUCUACAAAACUAAAUUGUAGUUAUCUACAAAACUGAAUUAUUAGUUAAGUGUUAUUUAAUGUGUUAUAAGUUAUUUAAUUUGUAUAAUUAGAUUUGUAUAAUUAAUAUAAGGUGUUAUAAGUUA